GUUACCAAACGCGCUUUUUCGCUUUUGUAAACAAUUUGGAAAGCCGGCUGAGGACAUGGAUCGCUUGGCCAGGAUCUUCUCGCAGCAGGACGAACUGAUAACUCUGGACAGUGGGUUUAAGGAUGAGUACGAAACAUUCAAGUCCCUGCAUGCCUUGCCGGCAGAAAAGCGCCAGAGUCUCGAGCAGCUGACACUGAAGUUAUUGACGGACUUGGAGCUGCCGCAUGACAGGGAUUCAUGCGCGUUGAGAUCGCGGACCCUGCGCGAGGAGGGUAACCUCGUAUUCAGGGACGAUACCAAGGAAGCGGAACAAAUACUAAAAGCCUGCCGACUCUACACGGGCGCCGUUUUUGAGGCGGAGGACGCUUCUGAGGAACUGGCUCUUGCCUUUGCCAACCGAGGCAUGGCUUUGCAGGAGUACGGGUAUUACCGUGAGGCCUACGACGAUUGCGCCAAUGCGCUGGACUGCGGGUAUCCGGAAAAGCUGCAGCACAAGGUAAUCAUGCGCCAGGCGUUUUGUGCCUGGAAGUUGGAAAAUAUUGAGGCAUUCGAGGAGCACUUGGCGUGUCUGGAGAAGCUGCAGCUGAAUGAGGGCUAUGAACGACAGGUAAAGCAUCUCAAAGAGAAGCUGGAGCUACUGAAAAGCCACAAGAAGCAGACAGUAAUUAAUGAGACAGAGGCUGGCACAGUUUUGGAGGAAAUCCUUACAGAUCCUGGAGAGCGUGGUCGCUAUAUGGUGGCCAAGGAAGCUAUACCCCAGGGCAAAGUGAUCUUCUCCGAGCGAGCCUCCUGUUUUGUUCCCCUGGAGCAACGACUGAUUUGCCAUCAGUGUGCCGCCACCUUGAUGAGUGCCCCUAUACCCUGUUCGCAGUGUCACCAGCGAGUGGUGUACUGCUCCAGAAAGUGCAGGGAGAAGCAUUUGGCCAUCCACAGGUACGAGUGCGCCGCUUACCGCCGGGAUUUGCUCAAGCUUUUGGGCGUUUCUCACUUGGCAUUGCGUCUGGUCCUGACCUAUGUGCCUCUGAUGCUGCCGCAUCUUGCGGGUUGUACCAGCUCCCAAGCGAUUUGGAGUAGUAUCACUGAAUUGUCAGCAAACCAGGAGCAGGAAACUGUUCCUGAAUACGUGCAAAGCCUAAGCAUGGCCAGCCAUCUGAAGCAGGCCUCGCAGGCGGAGUUGGUCUACCAUAUGCUCUGCGCCAACCUUCUUCAGACGUAUCUUAAGGAGCACACAGACUUCUUCAAACAAUUCAACGCCUCAUCAGCCUCCAUUGAAGAUUGGCAAGUGGUUAUAUCAGCCUUGAUCCUACGCUCCGCCGGACAAUUACUAGCCAAUGGUCAUGUGAGCAGCUCCCUGCUGCCAGUUGGUCUACAAACCAAUGAAUUUGCUCUGCUGCAGUCGGACAUGUGGGAGAGUCCGCUUCAUUUGAGGCUGGGGCAGCUGCACAAUCUGGCCCGUUCGGAGCUAAUUACGGCCAUCAAUCUGCCGUAUUUGAGCUUGUGCAACCAUGGCUGUGCUCCUUCUAUUUCCACGAAGUUCGACGGCUGCUCGGUAGUUAAUUAUUCUUUGGGCGACUUGGCGAGGGGCGAGGAGAUCUUCAAUUGUUAUACACGGGAUUAUAGGAACAGCUUGAAGCAGCAGCGCUUGCAGGCAUUGGAGGAGGUCUACAAAUUCCAGUGUAGCUGUGACAAGUGCAAGCGCCCUGAUCCCGAUCAGGAUUACCUCGCCUUCCAUCGGUAUCGCUGUGAGAAGCCCAACUGCCGGCAGAUUUUUACACCAGAUGUAGAUGGACUUCCACAGAAUAGUCUCAACUGGUGGCUGCAUUCCCAGGUAGAGAAUUCCAUUGUUUGCACAGUCUGCCAAGAGCGGCAGCUUUUCCCCUGGUAUAACGACUUCCUGGACCUCGUUGAGAGCUGUGUUGAUUAUAGCAAGAGACAGCUGCUCUUCCAGGCGUACGAUGAUCUGGACAAAUGGCUAAUGGAGCAUCACAGUCUGAAGAGGAAUCUGGCCGGAGAACUAAUCAUGUCCUGCUUUGUGGAGAUAGAUGUAGGUUGUAUUCUGGAGGAUUGGGAGUACGAGAACCUGGCCAAGGUUAUCCGCCAUCAACUGAAGGGCACUGCGGCCCAGUGCGGCGCCAACUCCCUGGAGUACCUCACAGAGAUGACCUAUCUUUGGGAUUUAAUUGCCUUGAAAAAAUGCGAGAGCAACGAAAUGGAAUUGUUAGAGCUGAAAGGUAAGCUGGAGUAUCUGGCCAGCGAAUAUCGCGAGGUGUUUCUGAACUAUUACAACGAUUUUAUUGAGCAACAAUGUAAAUAACGAUGAUAUACACGCUAUAAAUUCACUAGUUUCGAGCUACAAGCAA